CUCACUGCACACUCAGGUUCCUGCAGAGUUCCUGCAGCAGAGAGACACAGGAGCUAAAACAGAGCUCUGCGAGAGCCACUGCAGACUGCUGGUUACCAUCUUAACCUCUCCACUCAUCGAUUCCCGCCUGCUCUCGCACUGCCCUCCCUCUUCCCUCUCUCCUCCCAUUCUCUCUUCCUCCUUUUGCCUCCUGCUGCCUCCUGCGUCUAAUUCUCAAAGCUCAGCACUCCCCGUCUCCCUGUUCUGAGGGAAAAAAGUGAUAGAGCAAGAAAGAAAAGAGGAGGAGGAGGAGGAGCGGUGCUGUUGGUGCGCCACAGAAAAUCUUACCCCUCCCCUCCAUACCCAAUUGAUGACAAGGAGGGUUUUUAUUGAGUUGCUCCUCAGCCAAUGAGCGAACAUUGCCGGGAAAUACAGCAGAGGAACUGCACCGGCUCGGAUGCUUGUGCUGAUUUCAGUGUGUAAGAAUAAUGUUAAUCCGUGUGAGUGUUUCCUUGAUCUGAGUACACCUCUGCAGCAUCAAGAAAAUACUUUUUCCCUCUCUGGACAGCCUCUUCUCUGUGUCCACUCCUUGUUCAGGAGGCAGCACAUCUCUGUUCAAGGGACGCUGCACCUAGUCUUUGACAAUGAAGUUCAACUUGUUCAGAACACUGCCUACGGAGGCGGCCGAGCUCACAGGUGCCACCACCGCGACCAUGGCUCCCACUGUCCCCUCAGCUUUCAUCUCAACAUCUGCCCCGGACAUCUCUGGGUCCAACAACACAGAGAUCAAUAAGAAUGACAUGUUUGAGGAGAUCAAGAGCAAAUUCUUGAAUGAAAUUGAUAAAAUCCCAUUGCCUCCCUGGGCUCUGAUUGCCAUUGCUGUAGUGGCUGCACUGCUCAUCCUUACGUGCUGCUUCUGCAUAAUCAAAAAAUGCUGCUGCAAGAAGAAGAAGAAUAAGAAAGGGAAGAAGGGCAAGGAUGGCUUUAACAUGAAGAACAUGCAGGGUGGUGAGAAACUCCAGGAUGAGGAGGAUGAUGACGAGGGAGAGACCGGACUGACGGAGGAAGAAAAAGAGGAAGAGGAGAAAGAAGAAGAGAAACUGGGGAAGCUGCAAUACUCUAUUGAUUAUGACUUUGAGAAUACAAAGCUCACAGUUGGCAUCCUUCAAGCCGCCGACCUCAUGUCCAUGGACUCAGGUGGAACCUCUGACCCUUACGUUAAAGUCCAGCUCCUACCUGAGAAGAAGAAGAAGUAUGACACCAAAGUCCACAAGAAAACACUGAACCCUGUCUUCAAUGAGUCGUUCGUAUUCAAGGUGCCCUAUGAGGAGCUGGGUGGGAAGACUUUGAGCAUGUCUGUUUUUGACUACGAUCGAUUCUCCAAACAUGACGUCAUUGGAGAGGUGAAGAUUGCCAUGAACACCAUCGACCUCGCACGACCAAUCGAGGAGUGGCGGGAUCUGGAGAGCGCGGAUCAAGAAGAGCCUGAGAAACUCGGCGACAUCUGCAUCUCCCUCCGUUACGUCCCCACUGCCGGGAAACUCACCGUCUGCAUCCUGGAGGCAAAGAACCUGAAGAAGAUGGAUGCCUGCGGAUUAUCUGAUCCUUAUGUUAAGAUCCAGCUCCUGCAGGGGGGUAAACGCCUGAAGAAAAAGAAGACUACAGUGAAGAAGAACACCUUGAACCCUUAUUAUAAUGAAUCUUUCAGCUUUGAAAUCCCCCUGGAACAGAUGCAGAAAAUCUUGGUGGCAGUCACGGUGUUUGAUUACGAUAAGAUCGGUAAGAAUGACGCCAUCGGGAAGAUCUUCGUGGGCAGUAAGGCGUCCGGCCUCGGCCUGAAGCACUGGUCCGACAUGUUGGCUAAUCCCCGCCGUCCCAUUGCCCAGUGGCAUCCGUUGCAGCCAGAGGAGGAUAUCGAUGGUCAGCUGGCGUCCUUGAAUGCAAAGAAGUAACAUGCUCCGCCAACCAGCUAAUGCACUAACUCUGAAACCCAAACCCUGCCCCUACUUUGCAUGAAAACCCAUGACUUACCAAAUGACAAGUCGUCAUGAAACCUGCUCAGCAAAAAAGAGACAUCUUAGAAAUCCCAAUCAUUCAUGGUUAAGUCAAAAAGAAACUAUUUUAAACAUCACAUUUCACACAUUACUGUAUGUUGGGAGGAGUGGCAUCGAGUUAUCGGGCGAUUGCUUCAUGAAUGAUCGACUUUUAGUCUUUCUUUCAUUUGACGAAACUCAGAAACUGAUUUUAAGGGUGCUGAAACUGAAUGAGAGUCCAGGUGAAGACAAUGCUGGAGAUGAAGCUUUAGUUUAGUUUAGUUUAUAGAGCAUGCGUUACUUACCUCCCCACUGCUCUGCAUACUCCAUUCCCAGUAUUGUAGCUUGCUUUUAAGUGUGCUAUAACUUGCAAUAGAAAGUACCGUAGUGUUGGGUUACUUCCUGCAUAGAGUCUGUUUAAGUCUAUUAAUGCAAAAAAGAUGAAACUGAGAAUGAAUGAGAUAAAAGUCACUAAAUGCUGCAAUCCAUGUUGCAAUUUAUUUGAAAGAAAAAAAUCUGUUUUAAUGAUCAUCCUCAUUUUAUAAGCAAACUAACUCAGAAGGAGAAACAUACAGAAAACCACUUGGCAGGGAUGACAGAGUUGUUUUAUUUAAGUUGCCUGUUUUCAUCUAUGCAUUUCGGAACAAAAUGCAUUCAUGUGUCUUCAAACGAAUCUGAUGUAAGACAGGAGAACAAGGGUGCCUUUCCUGAUAUGACUCUUUGAGAAAUACACUAAGCUUCAUUGUUGUGUUUUGAAAGGGGAACUUGCUGAGUUGAAAUCAUUCAAAAGUAGUCAGGGACACUGCGAAUGUGCCAUUUGAGAUCUGUAUUGAGCUGUGUGACCACUUGGAUGUAAAACCUUACCUGUCAGAGGACAAAGUAAGGCUACCUAGGAAGGCUAACCAGUGAUGUUCAGACCCACGAUGACUAUGCUUCUUUUAAAUCCUGCUGUUGCUUCCUGAAUACAGUGCCAUCUGAUGCAUUUUGAUUUCGAUACCCAUGAAAUGGAUUGUCUGUCUUUUGUUUUCCAAUGAGGUCGUUUACAGAACACGCUGCAGUGCACUUCAACGCUUGUGAAAUAGAUUCAGGAUAUCCGUCAAAAAGAAAAUGUUUUUAUAGAGAAAU